CGACGUUUUUGUGAAUCAAUUCCAUGCCUGCAAUUGGUACUGGCAGAUCUUGCGUUCAAUGCAAUGACGCAAAACGAAGGUGUGACCGCAAUACGCCAGCGUGCCGGCUGUGCCGAAGGAAGAAUCUGGACUGUGUGUAUCCCCUCCUGAAACCUUCCAACUUUGUUCCAAUCACGACAACUGAGGAGGAAUACCGUCCUUCCGACUCCGAUGUUCUCGAUCUUGAGGAUUCCAGCGUUGAACAAUUGAUGUCUGAAGCUUUACCGGACCCGACGUCGGAUUUCGUCAACGUGACGGCGUUGUCUCUUGUCCCUGAUCCGUAUGCAGCCUGGUUCGCUGCCCCCGAAACCUUCUUAGUCGACCACACACCCAUGCCGUUGCCGCCUAAUUUCAAGAUCCGCGACCUAGAGUCCUUUGUGGCACAAGUUGACACCUGGUUGAGGGAUUGGGUUGCCACGGGAAGCAAUACGUUUAUCCACGCUCAUUUGUACGGAGAUUGCUUCCCUUCAUGUCUCCAGGUCUCCUUUACCACUUUUUCUGCGUACAUCAAUAGAACCCCUACAAACUGUAAAAUGGUUCUUCAGGUGGUGAACGAUCAAGCAACCCUCCUGGUAUCCGGAUCGAAUACGUCGGGCAGUGUGCUGAAGGACCUUGCUCUCAUCCACGCACUGCUGGUAUAUCAGAUGAUCGGGCUGUUUGAUGGCGAUAUACGUAGUCGUCAUCUCGCUGAAUUGCGCGUACCGUUCGUGUCGGCAUUGCUACAGCGCACUCUCGAGAAAGCCAGCGAAACACUGAUACGGCAAAUUGAAGUGGAGCAGCUGUCGAUUUUCCCAUUCGAUCCCGUCUCUCCCAAAGAGCUUUCAUGGAGGUCGUGGAUCGUCUCUGAAAGUCUGAGGAGAACUUGGCUCAUUACGCAAGGCGUCAUUGCAUCUUACGAAGGACUAAAACAGGGCUGGGCGCCGUGCAACGGGGAUGUUAAGUUCACGACUCGGGAAGGACUUUGGUCAGCAGAUUCCGCGCCACAGUGGGCACGUAUGUGCGCUGAGAGAGAUGUACGCUUCAUCGGACGGUUCCACGCAGAGUGCUUAUUCGAAGUCGCGCCUGAAGAAGUCGAUGUCUUCGCAAAGGUCAUGUUAGAGACUGUAUUUGGGAAGGAAAUAUCAGUAAGUUGGCAAUUAGAAGCUAAGAAGUAGGAACUAUCGUUACUUUUAGUAACGUGUUUACAAGCGUGCCGUCAGUACAAGCGUACCGUCAACCCCACUAACUUUCUGCACCUCAAAAAGCCACGUAGUUCAA